AUGACAGACAAAGCCACUAGAGAGGAGGGAGCGGUAGCCACGACCAACCUGCUGGAAAGACUGCUGGAACAUUGGGCAGAGGAAUCCUUACAGCCAAACUCGCCAAUCAACCUAAUCGAAUUCCUCCACGAGUCGGAUGAGGCAGAUACUUUGGCCUUUGACCACUUGGGAAUGGCGCCUGCUGAGAUGGAUGAUGACUACCUCGAGGUCCAGAACCCGUUAUUAGAAAUAAAUGUAGGGACCGAGCCCGAACCACGACCUCUUUUUGUAAGCCAGUUUUUGAGCCCUGAAUUAGCGGCCGAGAUUAUCGACCUGCUCCAUGAAUAUAAGGAUUGUUUUGCUUGGGAUUAUCAUGAGAUGCCUGGAUUGCCAAGAAUACAGCUGAAGGUCAAAGAGGAAAUUGAACGGCUCCUUAAAGCCGGCUUCAUCCGCACGGCUCGGUACGUUGAGUGGUUAGCUAACAUUGUACCGGUGUUGAAAAAGACUGGGGAUUUGAGGGUUUGCACGGACUACAGAAAUCUAAACCUCGCGACCCCCAAGGACGAGUAUCCCAUGCCUAUGUCCGACCUCCUGGUGGACAGAGCUGCGAAGCACGAGCUCUUGUCUUUCAUGGAAGGCCACGCUGGUUACAACUAG